AUGCUCGAUGCUCCCCUUCAACACCACUACCGCACUAGGAGAGCCAGCGCCAUAGAAUCGCUCAAGGAGAGCCAGAAGGCAGUAGAGGCCCACGACUCGUCGUCCGCGUCCGACUCUUUCUCAGACUCGCUGUCGUCAAGCCCGGUGAGCACGGCCAGCACGGCCAGCACGUCGCGGGACGUCCACCAGGGCGUGAGCAAGCGGCCUUUGAGCAGUAGUCGGCCUAGCCAAUUGGCAAAGACCAGCCCACAGAAGCAGCACCAGCAGCAGCCCGGCAUGGCAACAAUGACAGACGGCCAUCCUCGCCACUACCCGCACCUCCAUCUUCCCCAGCUCCUUCCCCACGGACAGCGACAGCCGCACACUCUCCAACCAUCACACCACCAUCACCAGCAUUCUCGUCACUCCUUGCUCCUCUCCCACCAUGGUGGCGCGCGCAGCGAAUACGGUGACAUACCCGGAAGCCCAGCUCCUGUGAUCGAUAGGCCUGCUUCGGCUGCUGCGCAUCUGGGCUACGGACCCGACUUUGGCCGGUCGAGCCCCCAUCUCUUUGAGGGAAGCAGCAGCCGUCCAAGCUUCCCUAGUAAUGACAACAUUAAUCCCAGAAGUAUCACAAGCGCACCUCCAGGCACCGCCACUCCUCGCGGAGGCGCAUAUCAGGAUGCCCCUCAGACACCGGCGUCGCCAGGUCGUAUGUCCACGGAUUCGACUGGAAGUGGCCAGGCUUCGCUGAAGCGUGGCCGCUCGAGAGAGAUCAAAGACGAGCGCCAGGAGCCGACCGCGCAGCCGCUUAGCCUCGCUGCAUACGGGCUGGAACCGCGCAGUCGCAAGGGGGAAACGCGACGGACCCAAGGCCACCAGGAGAUGAACCUCUAUUCGGGUGCCGACAAUAGCACGAUGACGACACAUUCUGACAGUAGGGGCCCGCCCUCUGCCUCGUCAUCCGGCAGUGCGGACGUCGCAUCGAGUGCUGGCCACUAUGCUCCAAUCGCUACUGCUACAGCUGGCAGUGGAGGCUCAAACGUGGCAGGAGGCAACGCCAGUGGUCGUGAGCUGAUCUGUCUUUGCACAAGAGCGCCAAAGGUCCCCCGACCUCGAAAUGCAUUCAUCCUGUACCGUCAACACCAUCAGGCAAACGUUGCUGCCAACAAUCCAGGACUUGCGAACCCAGAAAUCUCCAAGCUCAUUGGGGAACAAUGGCGUGAUCAGCCCGACGAGGUCAAAGAGAGCUGGAAGAGGCUAGCAGAGGAGGAGAAGAUUCGACAUCAACAGCAAUAUCCCGACUAUCGGUAUCAGCCUCGACGGGGAGGCAAGUCAGGUGCUUCCCAUGGCGGCGGUGCUCGAACUGUCGUGGCUGGCGGUGACGAUCCUGGCCGCUGCAACAAAUGCGGAGCGACACCACGAACCCCAAGCACACCGUACACUCCCGCAACUGGAGAUGCUUCCACGCCAGGGACCGCAUCGGGAUCUGGCGGCCCAGGAAGCGGAGGAAGCGGGUAUGCGUACUUUCCGCCCGGUGGCCGUGCCCUUGAGUCGGAGCAUCUGCGACGGGGCUCGAUCAGUAGUAUAGGCAGUGGAGAUUCCCAUGCGAGGCGAUACAACACUCAGGCUCAAUAUCCGCUGGCAAAUAUCAAUGAGGAUUAUGCCGCUCACCAGCAACAUCAGGCCUCGCCUGGGGAGAUGGCGUCCCCUGAUUCCAAGCGACGCCGUUACAAUAACAGCAGCACGUACCCGAUGUCACCCCCGGCGGCAGGGAACUAUACUCAUGUCGAUCCACGCUACCAGCAGUACCAAGGCUGGCAGCCGACUAGCCAGCCUUCCGGUGGUGCCUUGACAUAUGGUUCUGCACAAGUUCCUCGCGGUGAAUCGGCCACGUUGUCUCAUCAAGACGCUCACACCGGACUUUACGGGCAGCCUCCACAAUAUCACCGCUCACAACAAGCACCAUCCAGGCCACAGCAACACCAUCCCUUGUCUAUGUCACAGACACAUGGAGGCCCAUCUCAAGGUAGCCACGCUCAGCAGCAGCAGCAUCAAGCGCCACAGCUGGGUGCGCCGUUCGAUGAGUCUCUUCGACUUCCUCCACUACAGCCACAGAUUCCGCAGUCUACUUCCACGUCUGCAGGCGGACCACUCACCUACGAUAGGAGCAUAACAGAUCGCCAGUAUCAGCAAGGUCAACAGACAGAACCGAGAGGUCUGGGUAUGAGCUCCACGGAAGCGUCUCGACAUCCGCUGCAGACCGGGGCGACACAGCAACAGCAUGACCAAAAGAGCUGGUCUCAGGCGCAAUAUCAGAGCCACUCGGAAGGACACAGCCAAAGCUUACGGCAUGCUCAAGACUAUUUCCAGCCACGUCAGUCUGCUGAGCUCGGACAACCACCAAGGCGGGAAGCAGUUUCAUCCCGUGACCGGACAAGGUCCUCUUUCUUGGGCAAACUGGAAGCCCUCAGGUCAAUCCACCCGCCGCUGAGCACACAGCAAAGUCGAUCAUCCGAGACUCGUGGACCGGUGAUUGCUGUAGAGGGGGCUGAUAUUGACGUCAUAAGAGCUGUCUCGCGGGUCAUCGAGACAGCGUUACUUGUGUCUCAAGACUGUGCUGUCAAGGUGUGGUCGGAUGAGAGCCUCGCCUCUGUGUACGACAAUUUGGAGGACAGGACACAAGCGUCCCUGCCAAAGUACAUGUCCAAGAUGCUGCGGUGGCACGAGACUUCGGAAGAGCUUGUCAACUAUAUUACUCAUCACCCGCCAAAGCAGGCUGCUGCUGGACAAAGCGCAGCCUCCGUGGCUGUCGACCCGUCCAAGAUGCCGGUGGCCAUAGUGUCGACGGGCUAUAGCCUCACCAUCAGUGAUAGGUGGGCAGCGGCAUUGCAGCAGCCAGGCUUGAUGGAGCCGUACAGCGACGAGGAGCACUGGCGCUGGAUAGCGGCUUUAUGGCGCGGUAUUGUUGGUGCCGAUCUCACCAUCUACGUCCGCGAGCGGCAGGGCUCUAGCAACGACGCGGCCGGCAGCAACGGCGGUCACGGUGGUGUCGAGCUGUUGACUGCCUCUGCCGUCUCCGCGAGCAACAGUCCCACUGGCGCAAGCGGCGGGCCGACGAGGGCCGCGCAGAGCGGCGAAGAUGCUUGCGUCAUGGUGGUUACGCUGGAGAAGGGUCGCGGGCUGGAUGAGAAGCUGGAGCGCCGGCUCGGGUUCGAGAUUAUGGAAUGGGUGCGCGGCGGCGGAUUCAGUGCGGCCGCGACGCUGCGGCAGCUCAGCGCCACGGCGCUCGCCGGGGUGUCGUGA